UUCUUUAUAAGCCAAUCUCAUUUCAUGUACAAGCAGAAACUACUGAGAUUGUUAAUUUCAAAGGAAAAAAAAAUCGUUCAGUAGUUUUGGCGAAGAUGGGGAGCAGAUCUGUUUUGAAUAUUUUUGUGAUGUUGGUGUUUGUUGGAUGGCUUUUCAUAUGGGUAAUGUUACCUACAAAGACUUACAAGAAUUCAUGGACUCCUGAGCUCCUAAACAAGCUCAACUCUACAUAUUUCAGGGAACAAGGGACAAAUCUCCUUUUAUUUACAUUUCCCAUAAUGUUGAUAGCUGCUGUGAGCUGCAUCUAUCUUCAUCUUUGCAGCAAGUCAACUUCUGAUCACAGUAGUACUAAUGGCAAUAAUAAGGGGCGGCAAUAUUUGGGUUCAUGGAAACGGCCAGUGCUAGUGAUGGAACCUCUUGGAAUUAUGAACGCCGUUGAACUUUUUUUUGCUGCUAUGUUUACCGUCCUUCUUAUUUGGUCUUUAGCCAACUACAUCUAUAUCAGCUAUGGUAAUCUCCAUAUGCACAAUCCUAACGAAAAAGUGUGGAUGGCCAAGUUUAGAAGUGUAGCUUUGAGGCUUGGAUAUAUUGGGAAUGUUUGCUAUGCGUUUUUGUUUUUCCCAGUGACCCGAUUAUCGUCAAUAUUGCCGCUGGUGGGGCUAACUUCAGAAUCAAGCAUCAAAUAUCAUAUAUGGCUUGGCCAUGUCUCUAUGGCCCUUGCAAUUCUCCAUAGUGUUGGAUUCGUCUUAUACUAUGCUGUCUCUAAUCAAAUGAUAGAGAUGAUAGAAUGGAGUAGUACAUAUGUAUCUAACGUAGCUGGAGAAAUUGCUACUGUGGUUGCGAUAGCAAUGUGGAUUACAAGUUUGUACAAGAUAAGGAGAAAGAUGUUUGAUCUUUUCUUCUACACGCAUCAACUCUAUACUCUCUACAUCUUCUUCUACCUAUUGCAUGUUGGAGUUGCCUACACAUGCAUGAUCCUCCCUGGAAUUUUUCUCUUCCUCAUCGAUCGAUACUUGAGAUUCUUACAAUCUAAACGAAGGGCUAGAUUAAUUUCUUCACGACUCUUACCUUGUAGCACUUUGGAGCUCACCUUCUCCAAGAAUCCAGGAUUGACGUACAACCCUACAAGCAUCAUGUUUGUAAACGUGCCAAGCGUAUCCAAGUUGCAAUGGCAUCCAUUUACUGUAGUUUCAAGCAGUAAUUUGGAGUCAGAUAAGCUGAGUGUUGUAAUUAAAUGCGUUGGAAGUUGGAGUCAAAAGUUAGGAAAACAGAUUUCUACUUCUCCGGAUCAUUUUGAAAUCUCAACCGAGGGACCUUAUGGACCUUCAUCCUCUCAUUUCUUAAGUCGAGAGUGCUUAGUGAUGGUCAGUGGUGGAAGUGGAAUUACUCCCAUGAUUUCCAUAUUCCGUGAGCUUAUUUACAGAAGCACACUUCAACCCAACACCAAAGUACCAAAAGUCAUCCUAAUCACAGCUUUCAAGAACACAUCCGAUCUUACAAUGCUUGAUCUUUUGCUACCCUUCUCCACAACUUCUUUUGAUAUCUCCAACUUAGAUUUCCAAAUCCUAGCCUAUAUCACUAGAGAAAACGACCCACAACAACAUGACAACAACCUCGAAGCUGCCAAGUCGAAACAACAAGUAAUAAUGUUCAAACAAAAUCCAAAAGACUCCCCAAUUUCUGCAGCCCUCGGCAAUAGCAGUUGGCUCUGGCUCGGCGCGAUAAUUUCAUCGUCAUUCGUCAUGUUUCUCCUUUUGUUAGGCCUCGUCACGCGUUACUCUAUUUACCCUAUUGAACGCGAUGGAAAAUUGUAUCAUUACAGUGCGAAAAUUAUUUGGGACAUGUUCUUGGUUUGUGCUUCGGUAUUUAUUGCCACCAGUGUUAUUUUUAUGUGGCAAAAAAGGGACAAUGAAUUUGAGGGGAAACAAAUUCAGAAUGUGGAGAUUCCUACUAAUCCUACAAAUUCACCUGCUGCUAAUUUAUGUGGUGCUGAAAGGGAACUGGAAAGCCUUCCCCAUCAGUCAAUUGUUCAAGCCACUAAGGUGUUAUAUGGUGCUAGGCCUGAUCUAAAAAGAAUACUUUUUGAUUGCAAAGCAUCAGACGUUGGAGUUGUAGUUUGCGGGCCAAAGAGCAUGAGACAUGAGGUUGCCAAAAUAUGUGCUUCUGGCCUUGCACAAAACCUCCAUUUUGAGUCUAUCAGCUUUAAUUGGUGAUGCCUCUACUUGCUUGUAAUACAGUUGUACUACAAAAAACAAGGACGCAUGUGUUGUCUUUUACUACGUAUGUGUAAGUUUCUCAAAUAUGGUUUCGGAAGUGUGUUGUACAGUAUAAUAUGGUCAAAAGUUGUAUAAAAUAAUAAAAUGAACAUGUCUACUUGAAAUGUCAGUUUGUUAAUUAAACUUGAAUGUAAUCAGUUUGAACAUAUUUGUUUGGUGAAAUAACUAUUUGAUCAACAUGAAUAAUUAGACAUGUGUAUAUUAA